GUGCCAACCAAUUGUCGAAGCAUUUUUUCCAAUCCGAUUAAGGUACCUCCAAAGCCUGUGAUUUGAAGGCUUCAACCGCUUCUUCAAGUGUAGAAAAACGUUGAUCUCGCAAUUUAUUUUUGAUCUGCGGUGAUAAGAAGCAAUCAUUGGGUGCACGGCAAUGACUCAUCAAUUCGAUGUUUUGAAAAACGUUUUUUUUUGAAUUGUAGUGUGAGAGCUCGCAUUGUCGUGAUGUACCAUACCAAAUGCUGGUGUACCAUUGAGAAUUGGCCGUUUUUGUCGAUUUUGAACGACCUUCACGAAAUUUAUCCUGUAGCGAAGAGCGACUACGAUUGAAUUUGGAAAACCAGUUAAACGCGGUGUCUCAAGAUUGUGCUUCAACUGUAACCAACACUUUAUAAUGGUGCAUGUCAUCGAUUAAAAAGUUUGCCCUUUUGUCAGCUGUAAGACAAGAUGGGCGAUUGAAUUUUACCAAUAUGAACCCCACACCAGGAACACCUCCCGGUCCGGUGCAUGGGGUCAACGUUAUGUUGGGAGGAGCAAUGAUUAGUGGUAUUCUUCUAGUAUUAUUCAUUAUGUGUUAUUGUUGCAAUAAAACCAAUAGAAAAUCACAGCCACAAUUGGGAAGUUACUGGAGAGAUCCGGGAUUAUCGAUGGAAAUAUAUACCGUCGAAUCAGCCCAAAACUGGCUGGUAUCAGAAGACCUCUGCAACGAAAUUCAUCGACCAUCUACGCCUGGUCCGCCACCAGCGUAUGAAGCAGUUGUUCCAAUUCAUACUAAUGACCAACAAAACAUCAAACAAGAUGACAGCGGCCUACCGAGCUAUGAGACUGCAGUGCAGCAUCUAAAGAGUUUUAAAUCAUAAUUUUUAUACUAAACUGGACCAUAAGUUGAGAGUUAUCAGUGAUUGUUUUUUCGUUAAAUUAAAUACGUCAAAAAAUUGAAAACAAUAAGAAGUUUUUUGGAUAAUAUUCACUGAUAUCAUCACCAGCUAACCUAGUUGUUUUUUACAGUCUUAUCUAUUUAUAUAUUAUCCUUUUUAUGUAUAGAAUAAAUGCGUUUUAUAUUGGGAUUUCAUAUUGGGAUGCACAACAUGAAUCAUUUUAAUAUUUGUUUACCGUCCAAUCUGUACCAAAUUCGAGGCGCAUUCCGAAAACGGAAACAGAUAAAGAAAUUUUUCCUUUUGUUCAUGAGAUAAAUGGAAAUAACUUAUGUUUAGAAUUUUUUUUACAACGUAUAUCCAUCUGACGAUUCGUACACCCAACGAAAUUUUAAAUACGGACCUAGAUUUUUUGAAUUCUAUCAAUCACCAAUUUAAUUUUUGUUAGAUAUACUAAGUUGGGUUUAAGAAUUUAAUCCGUAAUCAGUCAUGAUGAUAUAAUUAUGAGUGUUUUCAAUACUACCUUUCAUACACUUUUCUAUAGCCGUAAUCAAUCAAAAUCAAAAAUACUAAUAGUCCGCUGAAAUAAUGUAACAUCAACUUUUCCCUAUAAGGAGUAUUAUGUCCCUAAUCAACCCACGAUUAUUAUCUAAAUUCACUGAAUACACAGUUUACAUGAUCACUACACCAAGUUAUCGUCUUCAGAGUUUACCUUCAAUCUCUGAGGACGAUAACUUGGUUAUCGAAACGCGAGUCCGUCAGUGUAAUUGUGAGUAUUGGUGUAGUGGUAGUGUAAACAGUAUGAAUAUCACCAACGGUUCCAGAAAUUACAAAUUCUUCAAUAAAUUUCGCUAUAACUUGCGAUUUAAAAAAGUAUUCAACCCUUUAUUUCACGAAAACAUGGAAUAGAGAAGCUGGCGUUUUCCAAUUCUGAACAUUCAAAAUAGCAACCACGUAAAGUGACUGUAUCAUUUCAUGAAGAUUAACAAUUUUGAGUUGUAAUUUAAUAGAUUAUAUGAAUAAAAUUUAAAAAAUUUCAUUUACAAUUCUUUUUUGAACUUCAACUGAAAAAGAUUUUCUGUUGAAAAAAGUAUCUUCAAAAACUACAAAAUUUGAAAGAAAAAUCAAUUUUGAAUACGAUCAGUGGAUAAAAAACUCAUGAACGAGAUUAAAAGUAAACAUUUCCAAAAUUAUCUAGAUCGAAGCAACCGACCACUCACUGUGGAAACUCAAAAAAUAUUUGAGGCCUCAAUAAAUGGAACAUCCCCAACGUUGGAUUUAGGAAGGGUCUAGGAGGGGGCUGAAGCCCCAGGCCUCAAACAGGUAGAGGCCUUGCAAAAUAUUAAUUUGAAUUAUUUUAAAAGCAGUAUUGAAUCCGUGGCAAAAUUUACAUUUUUUCUAAAAAUUGUUUGAAAUAUUACGUUUACAAAAGUUCGGAAUAAUUUUAAUUUCUUUAAGUACGCCUCGAGUCGAUUUUAACCCCAGGACUCCUCUACUUAAUCCGACGCUGAACAUCUAAUUAAAAAUAAAGAUAGAGACUAGGCAAAAACUAAUAAGGAUCAAGCAAUAGUAUUCAAGCAACACUUGCAAAUUGUACUUAAAUCUUUUCCUAUGGGAACAUCUCAAUAAAUGACGCAAGAAACAAAUAAUAGUGUAAAUACUAAAUAUCAAAAAAAAAUUGAAUGAAUUAAAAAGACGUAAUUAAAAACUUUUAUUCUACACAAUCUACUAAUAAAGCUACACCAA